GACCGCUGCUGCUUCCGUAGAACGGGAGACCGAGAAGCACUCACAGAUACACACACAUUAAGAUGACGUCACUGUCCCAUGCAUUCAUUCGUGUCUCUUUCCAUCCAUCCAUCCAUCCAGCCGUCUACCGUGCACACACGUGUGACGUCCAUUCCAUCCACCAGCAACGCACCCUUGCCAUGCGAUGCCGUCCAAAGAGGAAAACGCGUGACAGAGCGCAAGGAUACAUCUUCUACAGUGUGUUUACGCAUCAGCGAGUGACUGCACGUGCACAUGCUGCUGCGUGCUCGACCGACGGCCACCGACACACCAGUGAGUGCACGAAUGGAUGGAUGGAUGGAUGCAUGGAUGGAUGGCUAGAUGUAAGUCAGAUGGUCAGUCGGUCGACGGAAGAAGGGCGACACACGACGGACGAGAGAGGAAGAGAGAGCAGGCGAUGUUUUCGUAGCUUGCCACACACUGUCUCUCUCAUCCGCCGAUGCCACGCACACCGACGAGAAUGGAUCACAUCAAUCAGUGUGAGACGCCAGACAAGGAAGCACUCCCCUCUUCCACUCCCUCCCUCCUCGCUGUAUAUAUGUACAAGGGUAACCUACAUGCAUACCUUGCUUGUCUGGCUGCACCUCCCUCACUCAUGUGGCCUUCAGUGUGAGUGAGAGGCCAUACAUGGGAGAGCUGCACUGUGGCUCGGUACACUCACUCUCUUCAACAGUGUAGUGCGGGGCGGCCUGCCUGGCGCUCUCAGCCGCAAAUGAGCGGAGGUCACUCAGCUGAAAUCCGGAGGUGAGCCACCCCCCAACUCGCUCUCGCGCAGCCAUGCCUUCAACUCGACACUCGCUGAUCGCACAGCUAAGGCUACCUUGAUGAACUCCCUCACGCCUUUCUUGCUGGCCAGACGUGAAGAGGUCAGGCGAUGGAUGAGAGGCCGGCGGACACCCUGCGUGGCGGGGGCGUCCGCCGGCCACUCAGACACCACAUCGCCAACGCACCCAGCAAUGUCGACCACAUCUAGCUGAUCUACGGGCAGGUAGCAGAGAAGCUCACGGGCGGCAGCAAAGCUAGACAGGUCUGAGAAGGUGACACUCUUCAGUGUCGUCAACUCGCCCAAAAGCGGGCUGAGCUUGCUACUGGUGGCACGCACGUCAGCCAAGGACAGCGAAAGAUCGUGCACCGUCAACUGCUCGACAGCCGGGAAGUGGCGGCUCGUCGCCCCCUCCCUCUCAGUCAGCCACUCGGGGAUGCUGUCGUUCACUGCCGAUGCACUCGCGCCGCGCUUGAUGUUGAUGGUGAGCUUCUUGGUGUUGUGGAAGAUGAGCUUGCCCCGCCACGACUCGUGCAGCGCUGUCCCGCCGAGCUUCAAACUGACCUGCAUGCACACGAAGACACACACGUUGGUGCCCUGCCUGGUGCACUCCCUCCCGUGUCUGUGCGCUCCUUACCUCGGUCGCCUUGGCCGCCAGCGGCGUUGCAAUGUCCCCAUAGGGGCCGCCGGGCGCAGGAAGAGCAGUGGCGUCGCUGCUGCAGUCGAUGGUCAGCAAGCUCACUCUCGGCCACUCGAUCUGGCAAUGGACGUCUGCCGCCCACUUGGUGAUGCCCGCCAUGUCGGCCGCCCCCUGCCUCUGCCCGUAGUCCAUCCACCUACGAAAGGCCUCCAUGUCGGCCACACCGAUCGACGGAAUGUCAUCAAGCAUCACGAACCCCAGCUUCUUCGGCGCCUCUGCAUGCAACGGGUAAGGCAGAUAGACAGACCAGCCCCCCGACUAAAGCGAUUCGGUCCUUCUGGUCACGUACGCUUCUUGUCUGGUUUGCUCCAGUUUUGGUCGAGGGCGUUCUUGAGCUGACAGAGGCGGACGAAGUGGCCCAUCUUGAUCCCGAUGCCAGCGAUGGUGGUGAGGUGGGGGCAGCCGACGAGGGCAUCGAGGAAGUCGCUCCACCGGGCGUCGUCGAAUGUGAUGCCGUCGCUGGACUCCAGCCGCUCCAUCUUGGGCGAUGUGCGGAGCAGACGCACCAAGGAGGUGGCCAUCUCACCGGAGAUGCGGCCGACUCGGAGUGUGGUGACUGCCGGGAAGGUCCAGCAACGAGCACUGCAGACACACACGUCGACUCAAGACAAGAAUGACUCGGCGGUGGGGUCAACCCUGACUCCCCUCUCUGCGUACCUGAUGUGGUCAAGACCUGCAUGGCCAAGGAGGUCCAGGUCUGUGACUUUGGAGAACACGAUGGGCUCGGCAUUCGACGUCCGUAGGCGGUCCUUCUCCUCCACGUCCAGCGUCAUCUUCUUGAGUGUGUCCCUGCUGGCCUCCAGCAGCUCCGACGCGACAGACGGCACACAGCCAGCCUCCACAUGAGCCACCUGGAUCCUGCCCUGCACACACACACACACAAACAUGGACAGAGCGCUGAACCCCCACACACGCCUUCAAUGUGUCCCCUGUGAGGCCUCCUACCGCCAUGUGCGGCAUCUUCUUGACUAGGCAGGCAUCAUCUACCACAGAGACGUCAGCGAACUUGCCGAAGAGGCCAAGUGUCGUCUCGGCGGCCCUCGUGUGGGUCCUAGCCUGCAUCAGACGAUAAGGUCACACAUCACAUCACAGCUCAGCCAAACGACCCUCCACUCUCAUCUGACCUCGUCUUUCAAGUUCUGUAGCGUCUUGAUCUUCUGGUAGGUGGGCUCUUCGCCACGCGUCACGGUGAAGCUGCGGAACACGCCGUACGUCUUGUCGGUGGCCUUCUCGUGGAUCUCCCUGUUGACGCGCGAGAGGCUGCGGACGUUGUCGAUGGUGGUCAGGAAGUAGCCCAGGCGGCCCACGACGGCUGCGGGCAGACCCGGCAGACACGGACGGCCGUGAUCCUUCUGACACACAGACAGGCAUCAGGUUGAGAUAUGUGUGUGGACAUCCUCGUAUUCCCUCUGUCACCUCUAAGGGCACGCCCUGCUGCUGUGUCGCUGCUGCAGAACCACACACAUCAACUGAACCAUCUGAAAGCACCACACCGCGCAGCCAUACGUUUGCAUCCCAUCAGUGUGUGUGUGUGUGUGUGUGUGUGUUGUACCUCCACUACUCGCAUCAGCCAGGGCGUCUACACGUCCACGCUUGCCGUCCUCACCAACCGCCACCUGAACACAUGACGUGUGACGUGGUCCACCCAUGUGUGUGCGUCGGCCUGUCUAUGAGUUUGUGUGUACCUCCUUGCUGUGCUGUGUAUCCGCAUCGGUAUGAUCAUUGCGCUGACACGGACAGACAGACAGACAGACAGAAGUGGAAUGAUCGGCGUGUGUGGGGCAAGUGUCUAUGAGUCGUGCCAUCCUUACCUUUGUGUCGUGGUCAGUGGUCUGUGCCAUGUCUUUGCGAAGGGCGGACUGGAAGUCGCUGAGAGUCCUCAGGUAAGCCGACAGGCGGCCAGACAGCGACCCACCACCAUCCUGCAGACAGCAGAUCGACAAGACAGUGGGUAACGAGUAAGUGCCGCUGCUCGCCUGUCUGUUGUUCCACGUGCCGUGCACCUGUGUAUCAUUGUCGGUAUGUGUGGCUAUGAUGUCCUCUGCCCGCUCAAGAUCAGACGCAAUCUGAGAGGCAACCUGCAAGCCAAAAGUAGUUAACACAUCCAUGGACAUCGGUCCUGCUGAUUGUAUGUCAUAUAUGUGAGUAGCCAGCCCUCUCCCCCACUCUCUCUCACCGAUUUCAUCAUCUGCACAACAUCGCGAGAGCUACCGCCGCCGUGAUCUGCACCCGGCCCGCCGCCCUGCCCAAAUGCAGCACACAAUCAUGACAGACAGACACGGCAUCACACACGGGCUGUCCAUCAGACGUGUGUGGUGGUGGUGGCGGAUGAGACCUGCAGAGGCAGUCGGACCGUCACCGUCAUCUUUGUGUACGUCCAUCGGAGCAUCGUCAGACAUCUGCAUGGUAGUUCAAAACCUCACCGCACCACCACCUGACAAACAUACCAAACAAACGGCAGGUCUCAAAUAUCGUUGCUUAUUUCUCGUGCAUCCCCGCCUGCCCCGCCUGCCUGCAGGUCUGUCUGCCAGCUGGCUGUCUGCCUGCUUGCUUGCCUGCUCGAUGCAGCGUCGCUCAGAUGAGGUCACAGUGGUACUGUACCCGCAUUCCACUGACAUCGUUCUCUCUGCGAUGUGUCAACCAGCUCCCACGCAUUGAGGAGGAUGCAUCUCCUCG